AUGGCCACCAGUUUCUCAGCAUGGAGUCGCUUCGCUCAAGUAAUGAGCGAGCAGGCUAAAGAGGGCGCAGGCCGAAAGCGCAAGUCGGUGCGCCUGGAUCGCGUCUCUGAUAUCAAAGCCGCUGCAGACGGUUAUGGCGCCUCGGUCAUUUACAGUAUAGCGUCUAAAGAUCACCCGACAAUCUCAGUACUCCCCGAUCAGAGUUCUCGCACAAGCGUGCCAUGUGCGAGGCAAUAUCGCAUUAUUUCUUCGCGCAGAGGUCGAGAAGAAAGCGAAACUGUCGGAUCACUGAGGGCCAUUGUGGCCCUGAUGGAAGUGGAAGUCAAUACAACCAACACCUGGAUUAGCAACAAUUACAAUCCUUCGUCACUUCUCAAUAACCCAUCCUUCCUCCUCACUCCUUAA